CAAUUUUACUGUUUCCGUUCGGAGUAUAAGUCCCUACACAAGAGAAGUGACAAUAAAGUCACGUCAAUACAGUUAAACAAGUUACUCGAGCAGAUCAUUUUCAUACAAUUUUAAUCGACUAAAUAAUUUAAAUAAAAAUGAAACUUUUCUGUUUUUUAAUAUCAUUUGUCAUAGCAAAUGUUUCAACAUAUGAUUUAGCUGAAUAUAAAAAGUAUACUGCCAUUACAAAUGCACACAUAGUGCUUGCCAAUAAUUUGAAUGAUUGUUAUGUAGGUGAUAACUUGAUAGCAAAUGGAUUGGAACAUGUAAUCAAAAAAAUCGUAAACAGUAAUAACUAUAGUUUAGAUACUAUGAACCGUAUGAUCGCUGUACCUGAACAAGCAUACAUUGGGAUUAUGAAUGUAUCAAUAGCAAUCCAAAUAUCCAUGCAAGAAGAAAUCAAACGUGAAUUAAAAAUUCCUAUUCCUGAAGUUACAGACCAAAUUAUUGCAGAUUUCACGAACUUAACUUUGACAGAACUUGCGGAAAGGAGAAGACGCCUUACUGAAAACGCUUUGAAAAAUAUAUUGAGACGGGCAUUAGAUUUUGAUAACCUAGAAAAUUUGGCCACUCUUAUAGAAGGAAGAAGAUUUGUUUAUACAGAAUCUUUGAAAAAUAAAAUCAUGCGUGUAUUAAAUAGACGUGAACAGCAUAUCCCAUUUUUACCGAUGUGUUGUUUUAUGGCAUUGUUCAUGAGUACAAAAUUCCCAACAUCGUUUAUAAGAGUUAUUGAGAUUGGCUCUUACGACACAUGUGUUCUAAAAGAGAAAAAGACAUCAUACAAAUCAUACAGAGAAAUUGAUGGCGUUUGGUGGCAAAUAAUCAUAAAUGGCAGUGGUGAUAGUGACAGAGAAGUUCUUAGGGAACAAACACUUAGGGAACAGUUACAAUAAUUUAAACCAAGAAACAAUAGUAUAACUUAUCUAAAAUUAUAUUAUACAAUAAUUGUACUAACUGUAUUCAAAUAAUAUUCGCAUUGUUCACAAAUAUUCGAGUUGUAAAUUUUUAAUAAACAGUUUUA